UCUCACUGAGGGUCCCUGGGGCAGCCGGCCCCGGUGGUCCUCGCAGCCGCCAUGAAGCUGACGCGGAAGAUGGUCCUGUCCCGGGCCAAGGCUUCGGAGCUGCACAGCGUGCGAAAGCUGAACUGCUGGGGCAGCCGUCUCACAGAUGUAAGUGUCAUCUCGAAUAUCUCCGAGUGAUCCCAGUCUCAAAGGCUAUAACCAGUUUCCCAAAAGAAUAGAUAAAAUGACAAAACUGGCCAGGCAUGGUGGCACACGCCUUUAAUCCCAGCACUCAGGAGGCAGAGAUUUCCAUAUGCCAGGAGAUGCCCAGCCUGGAGGUGAUUACACUCAGCGUCAACAGCGUCUCCAGCCUGGAGCCCAUGAGCGGCUGCCGGCACCUGAGCGAGCUCUACCUGAGGAGGAACCGCAUCUCCAGCCUGGCUGAGCUCUUCUACCUGAAGGACCUGCCCCACCUCAGGGUGCUGUGGCUGGCCGAGAACCCGUGCUGCGGCCCCAGCCCCCACCUGUACCGCAUGACUGUGCUGCGCAACCUGCCCCGCCUGCAGAAGCUGGACAACCAAGCCGUGACCGAGGAAGAGCUGACCCGCGCACUGAUGGAGGGAGAUGAGAUCACUGCCGCCCCCAGCAAAGGGGGUGCAGGCAACGGGCGCUCCCCGCCCUCCUACACACUGUGUUCCGUCGGCUCCAGCACUGCCACCAGCCAGGGCCUGCUGAGCUACACUGAGGAGGAGGCAGAAAUCCAGGGGCAGCUCAGCCUGAAAACCCCUGCCGUAGACGGGUCUCCUUCCUUCUCGCAGAGGGAUGCUUUGAGGAGCCACAAGGACAGGAACAUCCUGACGGCCAUCCUGCUGCUGCUGCAGGAGCUGGACGCAGAGGGGCUGGAGACCGUCCAGCAGACCGUGAGCGGCCGCCUUCAGGCGCUGCACAGGCAGCAGCCACAGGAGGACGUGGAGUGACCUUCCUGCGCCCCAGCACUGGACCCCACUCCAUCCUGUGGGAACACAGCUCCCCUAGACAGCCUUCCUCUAGGAUGCUGGCACCAGGCCAGGGCAGGAGUGGCAGGAUCUGGCUGGGCAGACCCCUCUCCAGUGCAUGGGACUGGCAAAGACGCUGCCCCGUGGCAGUGUCCCCAGUACUCGGCUGCUGAGGCCUCAGGGACCAGGGCUUCAUCUGACCCUUCCUCAGAGGAGAGCUUUGUGGCCUGUCCCAUUUAAUAAAGCACGCUUCAUCUGGGCCGGAAGCAGGCCCUGCUUGACCCCCUCGGGGUUCAGGGUACGUGCGGUUUCUCGGCAGUGGCCGCCGAGGGAGCACCCAGCACUGUCCUGCCUGCGUUGGUCCUGUCCUCGGGCAGAUUGCUGUUCUCAAGACCUCAAAAUGAUGGCGCUUGAGACCCCAUGUUCCCAGGAGCUGUCCACAGGCACCAUGGCCACUGAUGCCCAGGAAGGCGGUUUCUUGAGGCAAGGCUGGGUGGGCUGCUUUUUCUCUGUUCUCCAGGACAGGGAUGUCACCUCCGUGUUGGGGAGAGCUGGAAUGGACGAUUGCGGCCCUGUCUGCCUCCCCUUGCCAUUCUGAGGUGCGUCAUAUGCUCUCAAUAAAGCUGCCUUCAUUAAAACA